AAUCCGUCGUGAGACAGUUGAAUAUACAGAUAAUCAAAAAACCAUCAACGAUUAGCGCAAUCAAUGCCGUCAGCACUGUUUCGAGGGGCGUGGUGCGGAUCACUAUACGAUCGUUAUGCAAAAAUUUCCGCAAGGAUUUAACAUGUUUAACGAUAUCGACGAUCACGGAUCUAGUACCAGCGGAAGUCUUUCCACGAGAUACACUGAAAUUACCGCGAAACGUUAAAUUGGCGGACCCUGAAUUUUAUUUACCGCGACCCGUCGGGUUGUUAAUAGGCUCGGGCGCGACCUUGGCUUUACUGGCCGACGGUCGGAUCGAUUUAUCUAACGAAGGAUACGAUUUGCGUCUUCAAAAUACACGCUUAGGUUGGGUGAUAGCCGGCGGAACAUCCCCACAAUUAUCGUCAGAAGGCACAUAUUGCAUGAUGAACUUAGACAGUCAAUUAACGAAGUUUUGGUCGAUAGAGGAAAUCACAGGAAACGAAACAAAAUCGGAGGAAGAUUCCGACUGUGAAGCACACUUCGCGAAUACCGUUUCGCGCUUUCAUGACGGGCGAUACGUAGUUCGUUUACCUUUUCGCAAAACAAAUAAGGUUCUCGGUGAAUCCAGAUCGAUGGCAUUCAGACGUCUGUUAUCUCUAGAGCGCAAGCUGAGCAUAAACACGGUUCUAAGAAACGAAUACGAGCGGAUCUUCAGAGAAUACUUACGGCUAGGACAUAUGUCAUUAAUUCGCAAUCCGGACGAUCGCGGUUAUUACAUGCCUCACCACGCGGUAAUGAAGGAAGCGAGCGAUACUACUAAGGUCCGGAUAGUGUUCGACGCGUCAAUGAAAUCCAGUUCCGGGAUGUCCUUAAAUGACUUAUUAAUGACAGGUCCCACAAUACAAGCAAAAUUAUUCUUACACUUGAUUCGCUUCCGUGUGUACGAGUAUGUGAUCUCUGCUGAUAUCGAGAAAAUGUAUCGCCAGGUGAUAUUACACGAGGACGAUCGACGAUAUCAGCGGAUCUUGUGGCGCGAGGGCGGCAUAGUUAAAACAUUCCAACUUAACGUUCUCACAUUCGGUAUUUCCUCCUCUCCGUUUUUAGCAAUCCGCGUGAUUAAAAAAUUGGCUGAUGACGAACAAGAAGCCUUUCCUAGAGCGGCAGAGAUUCUCAAAUCUCAUCUUUAUGUAGAUGACCUAUUGACCGGCGCUGAAUCCAUCGAUGAGGCCC